AUGAACGUUCGCUCGAUCUUUCCAGCCCUGUAUAUGGCACCGGAGGAUUCUCCACCACGCUCUCGGAAUGCGACGCUUUAUUUAAUGCGCUCUUUAUUUUAUAUGGGAAUACGAAACCCGCCGCAGCGCUUCUUCGUCAUCUAUAUCCUGUGGUCUCUGACGGUGAAUAUUUUCUCGACCUUUUAUCAACCCAUUGGCUUCGCGAUUGGGUUGUAUACUAAUCUGAAAGAUUUGGAUCCUGGUGCGUUUAUUAGCUCACUAGAGGUCGCGACCGCUGCAUUGUCGUGCUCAGUCAAGGUGUUGAUUUUGUGGAUCAAUGUCAAAUGUUUGGAUUCCGCUGCAGAAUUUCUGGAUGAAUUGGACAAACGCGUGAUUCAGCCCAGUGAGAAGCGAAUGAUACAUCGGACAGUUAUGCAAAGCAAUCGCACCAUCUUGUUGUUCAUGUCAGUUUACAUGGGUUUUGUGAUGGCCACGUUUGUGAAGUCCGUUUGGAAUGUCCACCCAGGUUUUCAGGUAACCUAUCCACUCUUGGACUGGCAAGCCGGCGGCUGGAGAGUUUGGGUACAGUUGAUAGCUGAGAAUUUAUCCAUGUUGUUCGCCGCACUUCAGAAUGCUUGUGCCGAUUGCUAUCCGAUAAAUUUUGUCCUACCAUUGCGGGCGCAUGUCAAUUUUUUGGCGGAACGUUUGCGCCGGCUUAGUGGAAUGACCAACGAGAGUUCGACUCCAGAGCAGCGCUAUCAGGAGCUGAAAAACUGCAUAUUGGAUCACAAGGCAAUUUUACGCUGCUCGGAUGCUCUAAGUCCUAUUAUAUCAGGCACUAUUUUCAUUCAAUUUCUGUUAGUGGGCCUAAUUGUGGGCUUCACAAUGAUCAAUAUUGUCCUCUUUGCAAACUUCUCCUCUGGGCUUGCGUCCCUGCUUUUCUUGUUUGAUAUAUUGCUUGAGACUACGCCAUUCUGCAUACUCUGCAACUAUUUGAUAGAUGAUUGCAGCAAGCUUUCCGACGCCCUCUUCGAAUCGGAGUGGAUGGAUAACGAUAAGCGGUACAGGCAGACCGUCGUCUUUUUCUUGCACAAUCUACAGCAACCAAUCACUUUCACGGCCAUGGGAAUCUUCACUAUAUCUUUAAGCACUAACAUCAAUGUUACCAAGUUCGGGUUUUCCGUAUUCACAUUGGUAAAACAAAUGAAUUUACUGGAAAGAUUGAGUAACAAUGGAAAUGAAAUACAGUAUGACUAA